GCCCGCGCUUACCGGGCGAGCUGGAGUACGACCGCGCCGUUCACUGUUUGGUCGUUUCCCGCACGAUUUUUUAAAAAAGAAAAUAAGUAUCCAGUAGGCCCUUCGGUAAAGCUAAAUUGGAGGUGCUUUGCUUGUCAGUUUUGUGCAGACAAGGGAAAAGAAAGCGGGGGUGGGGGAGAGGAGGCUCUGUUUUCCUAGGAAAUCCUCCUUGAGUGCUGAGGAGCCAAAGAAUAAGCACAGUCAUCAUAAUACAAGGAUACAUCUGGACUGUGUUUGCGUUUCCUGGUUUUCCUGGGGACGAAGAUGCUGUCUUACACUGUACUGGAUGCUAAUGUGGUGGACGUGGAAAAAAGGAGAAAUCCUUCCAAGCACUAUGUCUAUAUAAUCAAAGUGACAUGGUCAGACGCAACUUGCCAGACAAUCUACCGGAGGUAUAGCAAAUUCUUUGACUUGCAGAUGCAGCUUUUGGAUAAAUUCCCUAUUGAAGGAGGCCAAAAAGAUCCCAAACAGAGAAUCAUCCCAUUUCUUCCAGGGAAAAUCCUGUUCCGAAGAAGUCACAUUCGAGAUGUAGCUGUGAAGAGAUUAAAGCCAAUUGAUGAAUACUGCAGGGCGCUGGUAAAGCUUCCACCUCACAUCUCACAGUGUGAUGAAGUCUUUCGGUUUUUUGAAACCCAACCAGAGGACCUAAAUCCACCUAAAGAGGAUUAUGGAUCCUCAAAAAGGAAAUCAGUUUGGAUGUCGAGCUUAUCUGAUUCUCCAAAGAAGGCUAUAGCAGGUGCUGACGCUAGCUCUGAACCUAUGAUCCUGGAGCAGUAUGUGGUGGUGUCUAACUAUGAGAAACAGGAGAACUCGGAGAUCAGCCUGCAGGCUGGCGAAGUGGUGGAUGUAAUAGAGAAGAAUGAAAGUGGUUGGUGGUUUGUAAGUACUUCAGAAGAGCAAGGAUGGGUCCCUGCAACUUACUUGGAAUCCCAAAGUGGAAUUAGAGAUGAUUCUGAAAUUAACAUGUCCAAAAGAGGAGAAGUUUCUAAGAGACGCAAGGCUCAUCUGAGGCGCCUGGACCGGCGAUGGACACUGGGAGGGAUGGUCAACAGGCAGCAAAGUCGAGAAGAGAAAUAUGUCACAAUUCAGUCAUAUACCAGCCAAGGGAAGGACGAAAUUGGGUUCGACAAGGGAGUCACUGUGGAGGUCAUUCAAAAGAACCUGGAAGGAUGGUGGUAUAUAAGAUAUUUAGACAAAGAAGGCUGGGCCCCAGCAUCAUAUCUGAAGAAAGCAAAAGAUGAGCUUCCCUCUCGGAAAAAGAAUCUUACGGGACCAGUGGAAAUUAUAGGAAACAUCAUGGAGAUCAGCAACUUGCUAAACAAGAAACCUUGCAGUGACAAGGAAACUCAGGCAGAAAUUGAAACAACAGAAUCUCACGUCACCAAGAAAGAAAUAAGCUUGCCCAUCUUAUGCAAUGACUCCAAUGGCAACUUCAUGAUGACUCAAGACAAGCAGAUUUCAAAACAGGUGCAGGGGUCGCCUGCCAUAGCACGGAUUGCCCCACAAAGAGCUCAAAUAAGUUCUCCAAAUCUACGUAUGAAGCCUCCUCCAAGAAGAGAAUCUAGUUUGGGCUUUCAGCUACCUAAACCUCCUGAGCCACCAUCAGUAGAAGUUGAAUACUAUACUAUUGCAGAGUUCCAGUCUUGUAUCUCUGAUGGAAUAAGCUUUCAUGGGGGACAAAAGGCAGAGGUUAUUGACAAGAAUUCUGGUGGCUGGUGGUAUGUUCAGAUUGGAGAAAAAGAAGGCUGGGCUCCAGCAUCAUAUAUUGAUAAAAGGAAGAAACCCAAUUUAAAUAGGCGAACAAGCACCCUGACCAGGCCCAAAGUUCCUCCUCCCGCUCCUCCCAGUAAACUAAAGGAUUCUGAAGAAGUAACAGCUGCUGGUACUACAGCUUCAGGAGAUACCCCAGAUUCCCCACACAAGCAGAGAUAUGAGGAACCGGAGUAUGAUGUGCCUGCCUUUGGCCUUGAUUCAGAAUCUGAGCUGAGCCAAGGAGAAGAUGGGAACUCAGACAGAAGCUCAUUCCACCUUCCAAAACCUUCUCCUGUGUCAUCGCUCCAGAGAGCAAAGUUUCGAGUUGGAGAGUCUUCUGAUGAUGUGACUCAUGAAGAGGAAACAAUCUAUGAAAAUGAAGGCUUUAGACCUUACAUAGAAGAUGCACUGUCGAGCAAGGAAUCUAGUGGAGAUUCUGAUUCUCGAAGUUCCUCACUAUCUUUGAUCCAAAGAAAUUCUCCAUGUUCAAUUUCUCCUAAAUCCUCCUUUCUCAAGCCCAGAAGUAUUCAAACAAACCUUGGGAAGCCUCAUUACAGUCGUAAUGAGGAGACAAAGCCAAGAUCAGCCUCAGAUGCUGGCUUAAGUAGUAUACCCAAAUCAAGCACAAAGAGGGAUACUGGAGAGCUCAUGUCUAGCAGAGCAAAACCUAUGGUGAGGCCAAAACCAUUCCUGAACAAAGCAGAUUCUCAGAGUCAAGAAAGGAUGAACAUCAGCACUUUACGUCAUCAUCUGAGACCAACUGGGCAGCUCAGAGGUGGACUUAAAGGUUCAAGAAGUGAGGAGUCCGAAAGUCCACCUCAGACAGCUUCUGGAAACUCAGAAGAGUCUUUCAGAAGAAAUUCUGCUGAAAUCAUUACCUCUCCUUCCCAUACCUUAUUUUAUGCCUGCCAGCCAGCCAAGACAGAGAAUGAAAGCAACCCCUCAAAAUGUCUGUAUAUAACCACUGAUUCUUACCAAAAAGUUCAAGAUUCUGAAAUCAGUUUCCCAGCUGGAAUAGAAGUGGAAGUGUUGGAAAAGCAAUCAAGUGGAUGGUGGUAUUUGAAAUAUGGAGAAACAGAAGGGUGGGCUCCUUCUCACUACCUGAUGCCUUCUGAUAACCAGCAACAAGAAAACACCUCCAGUGGAGGAGAUACCACAUCCAACAUAUCACAGGCAAGAAACAGAAGAAAUGAAAGCAAAUCCAAUAGCUUGGAGAAAAUAGAGAAGAAGGUCCAGGCACUGAAUACUAUCAACCAGAACAAAAGAACAACACCCCCUAUUCCCAAUAAGCCACCUGGUGGCUUUUCCAAAACAUCUGGGCCUGUCAAAUUGCGAAAUGGAGUUAGACAGCUAGCAGUGAGGCCACAGUCAGUGUUUGUUUCUCCUCCACCCAAGGAUAAUAAUCUGCCUUGUUCCCUGCGUAGGAAUGAGUCUCUUUCUGCCACAGACCAUUUUAGGGCUGUACGUCGUAAUUCAUCUUUCAGUACUGCCCAGUCCCAAGUGAAUGAGUGUAAAAUAAAACAUGCUGGUCGGUUGGGUUCUGAAGGGUCAGAUAAUGCCUCCUAUAUACCAACUGAGCUCAAUGGAAUUCCAGUGUCCACAGUCAGGCCUAAGCCUAUUGAAAAAUCCCAGUUCAUUCAUAAUAACCUUAAGGAUAUCUAUAUCUCCAUUGCAGAUUAUGAGGGGGAUGAAGAAACUGCUGGGUUUCAAGAAGGUGUCUGCAUGGAGGUAUUGGAAAGGAACCCAAAUGGCUGGUGGUACUGCCAGAUCAUGGACAGUGGGAAACCAUUUAAAGGCUGGGUGCCCUCAAAUUAUUUGGAGAAAAAAAAAUAGAAAUGCAAUGUAUUUAAAUUCACUAAUUUAUACUUCCCUACUGUGUACAUUUGGAAGAAGGGAAAAGAUACCAGGAUGUAUUUCCUUUUGCUCUGUUGUAUAUACACAGGACAUUUCGAUUGUGCUUGUUGUCCAAAAAGUCUGCCAUCUUUUAGGAUGUUUUGAAGAAACAGCCUCAUUCUGCAAAUAUCAAGAAAAUACAGUUGGAAUUAAUGCCCCUUUAUUUUCUUUUUUUCCGCAACUGAUGUGCAUCAGGGUACAUUACCCCAUCACUUGAUUAUAAUAAUCAGAAACCAAAUGUGUGCCUUUCACAGUCUGGUUUGGAACUAUGGGUUUACUUGGGAUUGAUUGGGUGUUUGAUGCCAAACCCAAAUGUCUUUUAUAAAAACUCUGCUUGUUCAUUUCUCCCACAUGAUGUAGCCAUAAAUAGUAUUUGGUUCCUUGCCCCAAGAUGUGUGCAGAGAAAGUGGGGAAAAUUUUUCAGUGAAUCCAGCACUCAGCUAUUGCAUUCUGGUCUCUAAAUUCGAGAUUUGAGAGGUUUUUUUCAUUGUGCACUUCUGGUAUUGGAUUUGCAGCACGUAAUGUUCUGUUUCCUCCAGUGGUAUCCACCAUGUUUUUAUUCCUGUGAUGUUCCUUGCUUGUCAGGUGUGUCAGGAAUGGGGUCUUUACAAACAUUAUAAUUGGACUUUGAAAUGUAAUCUAACUUUAUGUGGUUCCCUAACAUUUGUAAACACACUAAAACUAUGAGUUGCACACAAUCUCUUCUGCACACUGGUUUCAACAUUAAUGUGUUCCUUUUGUGGCCUUCUGAAUAAUAAGUACUGUGAUUAUUUUGAGAGUACUUGCCAUACAGCUUCGUUAUUCAGAGCUUCAGAUAUUGACUAAGAAUUAACCAAGUUUCAUCCAUAUUCAAAGAACUGUAGUUGGGAAGAGGAAGGCACUGUUGUGUGAACUGCUUCUUUGUUUCUUUGUUGGGUUAUGGCCUGUUAUGGUUUGGCUAGCUAGCUUUCUAAGGGAAGUGAAGGCCUGUCUCAAAUACUCCGCUACUUCUCCUCUUCUCAGGCUCUACCUUUUGCCUGUGGCAGAGUUGCACUGGAUCCCACAUGCCCUGCUUUCACCAGUGUUGGUUGUGCUGCUCUUCAUCCCAAACCCUGCAGGACUCCCUGCUCUUGCAGUCCUGGAGGCGUGGAGAGAGGUGCAUAGUUCCAUCUGAGCAGCCACACAGAUGCUGCUUCUCCUCUCACAGUGGUACUGUCAGAAUCAACUGUGUGGGUUCUACCUGAGAUUGCUGGACAUGACCAUUACGUGAAAGAGGACAGUUCAAACAAGUAGAACUUUCCUCAACAGAUCAUGGCAAUUAGCAUUACCAUCACAUACAGAAAAAUAAGAAUGGCAGAGCUGAGUUGAGCUGACUAUGAAUGCCAAUGAAAAAAAAAAUGCUUCCACACAAUGGGCCUUUGUUUUGCUUCCUUUGCUAUGAAGGGAAGGGUUUUGGCAUGUUUACAACAUUUGUAUCACCAAUGUGUAUGCACAAACAAGAACAUGAAAAUCACUGCAUAUAAGGAGGCAGUUGCCCAAUCCAGCACACACCUGUAUGUUUGUUGGAAAUUAUAUAUUUAUUUUCUUCCUUGAGUACUUCAUUGAGAAGAACAUGGGAUAUCCAGAAUUACUCUCUGUUGCAAUAAAAGGAAGAAUGUUAAAAGAGGUGCUAUGUGUGCACAUCAGAAUGCUGACAGCCCAUCAAACUUGUCUUUGUUUUGUGUCCAAACAAUGCUGAUUCUUAUGUGGCAGAGAAGGAUCAAUGUUUUCGAAGUCAGAAUGGGGAUGAGCAAAAGCCAUGGAUGUUACCAUCUGCACACUGCACAUAUAUGAGGAGGAAGGGAGGGAUUUUUAUUUGUAAACACCAGUCUUCUGAACAAUUUUUUAAAGAACAAGUACAAAUUCUUUUGUUCUACCACUUGGAUACUACUAUUGUUCUCAGAGAUGUUGUCAAAGGGUAAUUGAACAGAACACCAUUAGGUUGAGAAUGUUACAAAGCAGGAACUCUGUACUCACGUAUCCUUUCUCUUGCCUUUUCUUUUUAUUUAUGAUUUCAGAUGUUUUUUUUAAUGAGGUUUUGUGGAAAAGCAUAAAGAUUAAAACCACUGGGGUGUGUGCAAAGGCUUUGGGUUUAUAUUUUGAUACAUCUUCAUAUACUAGCCUUGCAGUGAACUUUGUACUUGUUAAACAACAGCAACACCACCACCAGAAGGCCUUUAUUUAAACAAUAUGGAAAUCAGACAACAGUUUGAUGUCACCAUCUUGAAGUCCAAUAUUUAUAUGGAAAAUGAAGAAAAAGUUGGGUUUUUUGGGGGAAAAUGUUAAGUAAUCUGGUUAUCAUCCAGCAACACACCUGCAUUCUAUUGGUGGAAGAUGAAAGGAUCAGAAGAUUUUUAAUAAGAUCCAGCUAACUUUUUUUCUGAACAAUUACAAAUUAGGUAUAUUUUGAGAUGUUUUAGCUUUCUGAAAAUUACAUAAUUAUCACUUGA